AUGGACUUACGAAAUUUUCUAGUCAAAGAUAUUGAAGUAGUUUUAAUCUAUCUAUCUAUCUAUCUAUCUAUCUAUCUAUCUAUCUAUCUAUCUAUCUAUCUAUCUAUCUAUCUAUCUAUCUAUCUAUCUAUCUAUCUAUCUAUCAUCUAUGUUCCUUAUCUAUGUCAGCUCUAUCUAUCUAUCUAUCUAUCUAUCUAUCUAUCUAUCUAUCUAUCUAUCUAUCUCAUUCUCUUCAUUGUCUAUCUAUCCUAUAUCUAUCUAUCUAUCUAUCUAUGUCAUACAGCCUUAUCUAUCUAUCUAUUCAUCUAUCUAUCUAUCUAUCUAUCUAUCUCAUUCUCUUCAUUAUCUAUCUAUCUAUCUAUCUAUCUAUCUAUCUAUCUAUCUAAGCUGCAUCUGUCUUUAUCUAUGUUUAUACUUGAUAUUUCCUUUGAUUAUAGAAAAUGUUCUAUAAUGUUUUCUUGUAUAUGUGCUUCAUCUUUUCUUCCUUACUCUCCUCUUUUCUUAUCUCCCCUCUAA